GUUGAUGAGCAGAAAAGUUUCCACCCUAGAGAUUGUUGUGUUUCGUAUUAUUACAGGUGAGUAUGACUGACGAUAUAUGUCCUGUUUGCAAUAAACCUACAGGCACAAUUACAGAUAAGAUUGUAGAAUCUCAGCGUUACCAUCUUCAGUGCUUCAAUUGCAAUCGCUGUAAUAAGUACCUUCAGGACAAGUUUACAGUUGAUCCACAUAAUGGAAAACUUAUAUGUAAAGAAUGCUAUUCCAUUACCCAGAAUAAAGUCGAAGGCCAUCCAAGUGGAUACAAAAUUCAACGCCCGAAGUUGGAGGUGCAGGGUCAGCAUUGCAGUUAUUGUGGAAAAAUAGUGUAUAAAGCAGAAGCGAUAAAGGCUCUUGGAAAGCAUUGGCACAAACUUUGUUUUAAAUGCAAUGUUUGUGGACAGCAUUUGACUGUUUUGGAUGCAGAAUCUCACGAUAAUAAGCCUAUUUGUAAAAAAUGUACUAACGAAAUACUGGGAGUAAUCUACAACUCUCUCAGCGAGAUACCAGAAGCACCAGUUAUUGAUACUUCAAAACCCAUUCCUCUUUCUCAAUUAAAAUUUACUGACAGAGAGUUACUAAGUAAGUCUGGAGUGGACAUCACAAAGUUAGAGAGUUACCUUUCUGAUGCAGAUUUUCACGCUACCUUCAAAUGUACUCGAGCUGAAUUUUUUAAACAUCCCAAAUGGAAGCAAGAGCAAUUAAAAAAAAGCGCUCGUUUAUUUUAA